AGAACCACCCGGGUUGGUUGCUAUGUAAGCACGUUCUCUUGCCAUGGGCUGCCGAGGUUGACCGUGCAUGAGCUACAGGAGUUGGAACGAAAGCUCGGCGAAGUGGUGGGCCGACAAGCGCUGGGGCAAGAAGACUGAGAACGCCUGGAAGUGGGAGGAGGAGCCGGAGGAGCCUCAGGCGAAAUGGGACUGGUCCACUUGGAAAGGUGACGGCGCUGAAGCCGAAGGAAGCUGGUCGGCGCGCAAGCCAGGGGAAUGGGAAGAGACUGAAGAAGACAUCAGCCUCAAGUGGCGAGAGCCAGAGGAGGACGAGGAGCCCCAGGCGGAACGGCCGGAACGGCCGGAGAGACCCCAGGAGCCGCAGGGCCCGCGAAGGCCGCUACAGCCGAAGCCGAAGAUUCUGCCCAAGACGCGGCCUGCCCCUCGACCGCCCAAGGCCAAGCCGCCGGAGCGUGCGGGGCCGCCGCCCAAGGCGAUGCAGCCACGUCCCAAGGUCCGGCCUGCGCCGGCCGGGGCAUCGAGCCAGGAGCAGGAGGCGCAGAGCUGGUCGAGUGCUGAGAAUGGUCGCCCUGCGCCGCAUUCGAGAGCCAAGGCUGCAGAGGACGGAGAAAGCCAGCCAAGCUGGCGGCAGAGUGAGCAGCAAAGCCAUGCGCCGUACUCGAAGGCCAAGGCCGAAGAGGACGGAGACAGCUGGCCAAGCUGGCGGCAGAGUGAGCAGCAAAGCCAUGCGCCGCACUCGAAGGCCAAGGCCGAAGAGGACGGAGACAGCUGGCCAAGCUGGCGGCAGAGUGAGAAGGAAAGCCAUGCGCCGUACUCGAAGGCCAAGGCCGAAGAGGACGGAGACAGCUGGCCAAGCUGGCGGCAGAGUGAGAAGGAAAGCCAUGCGCCGUACUCGAAGGCCAAGGCCGAAGAGGACGGAGACAGCUGGCCAAGCUGGCGGCAGAGCGAGAAGGAAAGCCAUGCGCAGUACUCGAAGGCCGAAGAGGACGGAGAAAGCUGGCCAAGCUGGCGGCAGAGCGAGAAGGAAAGCCAUGCGCAGUACUCGAAGGCCAAUUCAGCCGAAGAGGACGGAGAAAGCUGGCCAAGCUGGCGGCAGAGUGAAAAGGAAAGCCAUGCGCCGUACUCGAAGGCCAAGGCCGAAGCGGACGGAGAAAGCUGGCCAAGCUGGCGGCAGAGCGAGAAGGACAGACAUGCGCAGUACUCGAAGGCCAAUUCAGAGCGGCAAUAUUUGGCAGCCCUGACUCGCGAAACCUGGGCGUACCCGCUGAUGCUGGCAGCCGUGAAUCGCAAUGACUUGAGACAGGCCGAAGAGGACGGAGAAAGCUGGCCAAGCUGGCGGCAGAGCGCCAAGCUCAGAGCGUUCUGCGAUUAG